AAUAAAUUUUGGCAAAUUGUACCAAUUUUCGGUAUAAUAAAUACUCGAUCAAAGCCCUGAGCAGCAUCAGUUUGAACUACAAAUCGCAAUGAAAUUGACACUGUUCUUCGUACUGUGCUUCUGCUUGGUUGCGGUUUCACUAGCUGCACCUCAGCCUCAAAUUAUCUCGGGGAUACUCUCCACCAUCGGAAAUCUGUUUGGUAUCGCCGUCUCGACUUUCAACACAAUUCUCAGCGAUGUGCAAACUUUGGUGGACGGCACCCUAACCACGAUCGGCGCCAUUAUUGUCAAUAUUGGAACGGCGGCUGGAACUGCUCUACAAAAUGCACUGAAUAAUGCCAAUACUGCGUUGACCAACGCUCAGACAACGCUGAACAACGUGGCCAAUGCGGCACUUUCGAAUAUUUCAGCUGCGUUGCAAGCUCAGCUUCAGGCUGCCGUGACGAACCUGCAGAACCUAAUUCAGCGUCUCAAUGCUACCAUAUCGGCUGCCUCUCACAAUGCGUCCGCGGCAAACAGCACCUUCGUGGCAAAUGUAAACAACCUGACAACGGCGAUCAAUUUGGCUGUACAGAACGUUACGGCCACCUUGGCUACGGCCAUCGGAACCACAGUGUCGACUGCUGGUAGCACUGUGGGCACCAUCAUUUCGGGCGUCGGCAGCUUCUUCGGCAACUUGUUUUCCUCCAUUUUCGGAUAGGACCACGACAAUUGAGUACGCUUGAGCUGUGAAUAUUGGGAAUAAAGUGCAUAUUCAACCCUGUA